CGGACCGGACCGGAAUCCGAACCAAAGUUUCGUGCGCGUGCACAGAGCCCGGCAAUGGUGGUGGCGGCGAGCAAACAGUGAAAACAGCAAAAAGCGGAACAGAACUGCGCGGAAUAACGGCUCUGACGUGCCGGGUGCCGCCGAGAGCGCCAAUAUCGCGAGCCCCCACUUCACGGUCACGUCACGGUGUGUAAUCGACGUCGCUUCCUCCCCAGUUCCCGGCCCCAGCAGGCCAGGCAGGCCAUCGACGACGACGGACGAGACGUCCGAAGGGAAGGCGCACCUGGUGGGAACGUACGAGGAAAAGAAUUACGAGUGCCAGCGAGAGUUUCGAGCAAAAAGUGAAGCGUGAGGCCGUGACCGCGGAAGUGAUCAUUUAGUGAGCGGCAGUCGGCAUACCAGCGACCGUACGGGGACGAGCGAAAGAGAGACGCCGACGAAGAUGCCGUUGUUCAAUAAGAAAAGCACGAAAAUAUCGAAUCCCUCGCCACCGAUGACCAAGGAUCCGCAUCAUCACGCGUACCACCACGAUAACAACAACUACAAAAACCCUCCGAUCCCUACAGCGCCCUCGAUACACGACAGCAUGAGCAACGGCGGCGGUGGCCACGUCGACUCGACGACCGUCACCAAGCCCCAGCUGGUCUUCAACUGCCAGCUGGCCCACGGCAGCCCGACCGGCUUCAUCACCGGCUUCGCCAGCGUCAAGGAGCUGUACCAGAAGAUUGCCGAAUGCUACGACUUUUCGCUGGACGAGAUACUGUUCUGCACGCUAAACUCGCACAAAGUCGACAUGAGCAACCUGCUGGGCGGUCAGAUCGGGCUGAACGAUUUCAUUUUCGCACACAAAAAGGGCCGCCCCAAGGAGGUGGAGAUCGUGAAGUCGGAAGAUGCGCUCGGGCUGACGAUCACGGAUAAUGGGGCCGGGUACGCCUUCAUCAAGCGAAUCAAGAGCGGAAGUGUCAUCGACAGGAUCCCCCACAUACAGAUUGGCGAUCAUAUCGAGAAACUGGACGGCAUCAAUGUGGUCGGAAAACGGCACUACGAGGUGGCGCGCAUGCUGAAGGAUAUCCCGACGGGGUCCACGUUCACUAUCCGGCUGGUGGAACCGAUGAAGAGCGGAUUCCAGGGGAUCGCGCCCCGCAAGGGGACGGCCGGCGGUAAGCCGGGCAAGCAGCAGGCGUACGGUAGCGGCAAAGAAACGCUUCGGUUUAAGGCUAACGGGAAUGCGGCCAUCGAAGACGAGCACGAUGAUGCGACGCAAUGUGGAAUUGAUGCCAUUAACUCACUGCUCGAUUCCUUCAUGGGAAUCAACGAUAGUGAACUAGCCACUCAGAUUUGGGACCUAGGUAGCAACAAAAUAAACUCGAUGGACUUUGCGGAAGCGAUCGAUGCUUCCGACCUGGAGGCCUUCGGUUUUACGGACGAUUUCAUCAUCGAACUGUGGGGCGCCAUCACCGACGCUCGUCAGGGCCGUUACAAGCGAUAAAAACGGAUGCUGCACCGAUCCAAGCGUGAAAUGAACUUUAGAACAAGCAGACAGGUGAUACGGUGCGAGCAAGAGUUCAGUUAAACGUUCGCUCGGUACUAGGAGAUUAGAAGCUCCUUCCAAGGGAGAGAGGAAGCAAAAACACUGUCCUACGCAAGCAGGGCGAUGCAGGAGGAGAAAACAAGGAGCAUUUACCCGGGCCCGGCGGAACGCGCGUUUCGGUGAGAGUGACCCUAAUCGGACUGCAUCUACGCGCACCGUGAGCCCGAUGAAUUGUGAUGUGUUUUAAACAACCUACUACAAGAUCAAAAACGAACAACCGCAACAACCUACUACCUAAUUUAACUACCAUUUCUGCUACACUUGAACACCCCAUUCAUCAUUAGAAACAUCUUGUACUAAUUUUAUAAGUAGAAAGCGAAAGUGCGAGCGGAAGGACGCAAUUACAACGCAAUCAGGGUUGCAUUCCACUAUUAGUAGUAAACAAAAUUACGACCCACACCAUUUACCAUCUACACGACGCGCCACGGUUGAUAACGGCGAGGCAGCAUAUCUUGACUAUUGGAUUCGUUGAUAAGAGCCAAACGUCGGGGUAUCAAAGCGGUAGCAGCAGCAGAGCGAGUCAGACGAGGGGCUAGUGUGUUUUUUAAUUGUAUAAUGUUAUUGUGUAAAUGGUAUAUUUGUGUGUAACGAUCGUGGGACGCUGUUAUUGGAUUGAUUCCGAUGAACUGAAGCAACGUGGAAAAAAGGUGAUUACGGUUCGUAGAUGGCGCGUGUUUAAGAGAGCGACAGCAUAUUUUAGCUAACUAAAUUCUAAGCAUAAUAAAAAGUAAUGUUGUA